AUGCGCUUGGACAGCUUCACCGGAACUGCCUUGUUGGCGCUUGCUCCUACCUGCCUUGCGGAAACCCUCCCGCCUUCUCGGAUCUUGCACGUUGAUAUUCCUUGCCAGCUCUUCAACGGGCAAUAUCCCGGCCCGGUAAUCUCUGCUAACUGGGGCGACACAGUCUCUGUCACGUUGAAGAACUCUCUGCAGAACAACGGCACUGGCAUUCAUUGGCACGGCAUCCGUCAGUUAAACACCUGCCCACAGGACGGUGUCGGCGGUAUCACAGAGUGCCCUCUUGCUCCCGGCGACAGCAAGACCUAUACCUUCCAUGCGACCCAGCAUGGCACAACUUGGUAUCACUCGCAUUUCAGCUCCCAGUAUGGCACCGGUGCAUUCGGACCCAUCGUCAUCAACGGGCUCGCUUCUGCCAACUAUGACUACGAUCUUGGGUCGUACGUUAUCAUCGACUACUACUAUGAAUCCGGGUGGGUGGUACAGGAUCAGGCGCACGCCAAUCUGCAGGCAGCGUCUCCACCACCUCCCGCCGAUACGAUCCUGAUCAACGGUACCAACAAGGAUGCCAAUGGCAAUGGCGCCUACAACCAGGUCUUGGGCCUUGAGAAGGGCAAGAAGUACCGUCUUAGGCUCAUCAAUACCUCCUCGGACAACAACAUCCGCGUCAGUCUCGACAACCAUCCCUUCACUGUCAUCACCAGCGACCUUGUUCCGAUCAAGCCCUACACCGCCACUUCGACCGCUGGCAACUACUGGUUCCGCGCCAACAUUGUCACAGCCUGCGGCAGCAGCAACAACGGCGCUGGUCUAUCCGUCUUCUCCUACCAGGGUGCCGCCAGCGGUGAUCCAACCUCGACCGGCUACACGCUGCCGACCGACUGCAAUGACGAGACUAACCUCAUCCCAUGGGUCUCCAACACCGUCAACGCAACUGCGUCCCUCAACGAAGUGGGCAGCCUCGACAUCAACAUCGCGCUCCCGGGCACCUCGACCAACGGCGGCAACAUGGUCGUCUGGAGCGUGAACCUCACCGCCAUCGACGUCGCCUGGGACAUGCCGACGAUGCAGUACGUCAAAGACGGCAACACCAGCUACCCGACCGCCUGCAACAUGAUCGAGAUCCCCUACGAGGGCACCUGGAGCUACUGGAUCAUCCAAGAGCCGGCCGGCAGCAUCGUGCCCAUCCCGCACCCAAUCCAUCUACACGGCCACGACUUCUACGUCCUCGGCACCGGCGACGGCAUCCUCGACAUAAACUCCUCGCCCAGCACUCUCACGUACACAAACCCCCCGACGCGACACAGCGCUCCUGCCCGGCGGCGGCUGGCUCGCCAUCGCCUUCCCGGUAGAUAA